GUGGAAGCCUCCAUUGGCUCUCCUCCUUUGCUGCGGCCAAGAAAUAUCGCACCUUUUUCACUCUGCGAGUGCCUAAGUUGGUCAAAGAUGGUGAGGGGGAAGGUGGAGCUGAGGAAGAUGGAGAACGCAGCGAGUAGGCAGGUGACGUUCUCGAAGCCCAAGUAUGGGCUGCUCAAGAAAGCUCACGUGAUGUCCGUAUCCUGCGACGGCGAGGUUGCAGUCAUCGUCUUCUCCCGGCGCGGGAAGCUCUCCGAGUUCUCUAAUCACGAGUAA